CCCACUUCCCCUCACCGUCCUCCAUUCUUCCCUUCACCGUCGACCUCAAUUUUUCAUCUUCAAACUAGGUGCAAAACCAUCUCUACUCCACCCCACCUUUCCUCUUCCUCCUCCUUUCCUUUGCGAUUCUCUAGAGUUGUGAAUUUAAGGUCCAAGCCAGGUGCAAAACCAUCUCCACUCCACCCCAGCCUCUCCUGCCACAAAAUCUUCCUCAGAUUUACCCCAACACCAGAAAUCCCUAAAUCUCCAAAUCGAUUUCCCUGGAAAAAAAGAAUCGAGACGGAUCUUGUCUCACAAUCUGAAAGGCUGGAAUAGGGAGAAGAUGAGAAUGGAGUCUGCCUUGGAGAUAGACUGCGAAGAGGAAGAAGAGCCUUGGAGAGAGAAUGAGAUGGGAACGAUUAGGAUAUGGAGCGGUUGAUUGGGAGAUGGCAACAACAACUGCCAGCUACGGAAUCGUCUUGGCGGGCUGGCGGAUUUCCCUAGUUGCCUCAACCUUGGAUUCUGAAUUUCAGAUUCGAGCAGAGGCAAAGUGAGAAGUAUCGCGGCCGGAAAGCGAGGCGGGGGAAGCCGGAAGCGAUUUCCCAAAUCUCUUCCCAAGGCGUUCCCGGAACAUGCUUGGAUCCGCUACAUCAACAUGUCGGUUCUGUUGUGCCCAUGUCAGUGAUGCCCCCUACUUCGGAGGUCAACUACACGAGCUAGAUCGCCGUCGGGUUUAUCUCUGAGUUCGUGAUUUACAAGUGGCGACCGCAACUGUGAAAUCGCUACAAUUAUGUGUGCUCCGGCGGGCUUGUUGCCCGCAGUAGGGAAACAGAUUGGGUAAGAGGCAGAGUGAGAAGUGCGGCGGCCAGAAAGAGAAGCGAGGAAGCGAGAGAGGAGCUGCAGGACGAGAGUCAAAAUAGGGUUUCAAUUAUUUUAUUUUUGGUUUUCAAAUCAAAUCCACGUGUCAAUAAUAGUGAUUAAACGUUGCCACAUCACCUUUUCCGUUAGUCUACUCAAUCUCUUAGUUGACACCGUUAAAGAAUUAAAUGAAAUUGGUUAUUUUGUGUAUUUUUCCAAAAGUGGCUAUUAUUAGAAAAACGCUAAAGUUAUGGCUAUGAAAGUGUAUAUUGCCAAAAGAAAAUGCCAAAGUGUUGUAGAUUAGCUAACAUUAUCCCUUCUUUCCUCAACGACGCCGUUAAGGAUAACCGUUCUCGGGCCUUGGCUUGGAGAUUGAGGUUAGGCCGCUGGGGGCAUUGUUGUCAAUUAGCUAACAUUAUCCCUAUCCCCAGUCCCCUCCUUUCUUCCCUGCUUUCACUCCCACCCUAUGCCCAGAGCCAGAAGGCCUGAACCUGAAACUCCCCCUCUUCCCCAACCGAGCUCAUCGCAUCGAGACGAAAGAAAUCCACAAUGGCGGCCUCCUCCAUCUCUUCCCUCGCCUCGUCCUUCUCCUCCCUCUCAUUUUCCUCUCAACUCUCCCAGAAACCAAACGCCCUCAUUUUCCCCGUCACCAAGUCCCGCUCCCUCUCACCUUCCCCUAAAUCCCUCACCACCCUCCGCAUCUCCGCCGCCGUCUCCUCGCCGUCCGAGCCCUUCAAGAACCUGGUGAAGACCAGGCUCCCCGGCGGGUUCGCCGCGCAACCCAUCAUCGGCACCGGCCGCCGGAAGUGCUCCAUCGCCCGCGUCGUCCUCCAGGAAGGCACCGGCCAAGUCAUAAUCAACUACCGUGACGCCAAUGACUAUCUCCAGGGGAAUCCGCUGUGGAUUCAGUACGUGAAAGUUCCAUUGGUGACAUUGGGCUACGAGGGCAGCUACGACGUGUUCGUGAAAGCUCACGGCGGCGGGCUAUCCGGCCAGGCGCAGGCUAUCUCAUUGGGAAUUGCUCGGGCGUUGCUGAAGGUCAGUGCCAGCCACAGAUCGCCUCUGAAGUCGGAAGGGCUCCUGACGAGGGACUCGAGGAUUGUGGAGAGGAAGAAGCCAGGUCUCAAGAAAGCUCGCAAGGCUCCUCAGUUCUCCAAGCGUUGAGCUUUUGCUGGGGUUCAUGUCUUUCUCGUUUAUACUCCUUCCUCAAACUCUCUUUGCAUCGCUUUCUGAAUGUUGUGUUGAAUCAGGCACCUAUGUAGAUUGUGCCUCGAAAUUUUUUGAACAAACUUGAACCAUCCUGUCCCUGUGCGAAUUGUGCAUCAUAAUUUGCUUAUUGAGGCUGCCUGGCUGCGCCUGGUAGCCUGGUACCCUAAUUCCAAAACCAACGGUGCUCUCAUUUCUCUUUGAUCGGUUGCGAUUAACUAGUGAUGGCAGAAUGGACCCGCCCCGACGGGUUUUCCCCGACCCGACCCGUAUUGGGGCGGGUAGAACCCGACCCGCAAUCAGAACAGGGCAGCAAUGGGUAAGCCGCCUUGUCCGCCCCGUCCCGCCCCGCCCCGCCAUCUCUCUAUGCAUACGAGUUGUGACCUUACAAUCCCUAAAAUUCAAUCCUCCCCAAAAUCCGAUCGUUUCCAUACCUACGCUUCCUUUCCACCUUUGUCCGCCGAAACAACCGAGGCCAUCAAUGCAAACGACUCCUCGUAUCCCUAAAAUUUCGAGUUUUAUGUCGAUUCCGUAUCCUCUUCCCAAUCAAUACCCUCUUCCCAGUCUGCCAUCACUAAUCAUAGACGCCGACGCGUACGACGAUCGAUAUAGUCUUAUCAUCUUUCUCUUUAUCCUAUCAUCUUCUUCCUCUAGAGCCUUUAGAUCUAAAGCCUCAACCCUCUGUGAUUCCUACUUGUUGGCUACCGCUGAACUGCCGGCUUCCGCAGUCCCAUAUCCAGCUCUUUCCUGUCAAGGUUCGACCUAUCGCUUAUCAGGUAUAUUCAAAAGCUCUUUCUCCUGGUAUCUAAUUGUGUGCUUGCGUAAUUGUGUGGUGUUAUUGGUUCGUGCUGGUAUUUUACUAUAUUACUUGGUGGAAUGGUUUAAUGGCUUUCGUGAAAGCAAUUGCUUAAUCAAUUGAGUUAAACAUAUUUUCCUCUAACAUGCAGUGAAUGAUAGCAACCUGUAUUAUUUUUAAUUAUAAAAAGAACACGAGGUAGCAUAGUUUGGAUCAUUCCAGGGAUGUCUUUCCAACGAUGGUUUCUUCUGUGAAGUAGCUAAGCAGUUCAAUUGAAGUAGACAAGUGCCAGAGCAUGAACUAAUGAUUAUUUAAACCCACCAUCAUGAUUGCUUAACUUUAAUUGUUUAAAUCCAUCAGCAUCGUGUUCUAUAAGCACAUAGCCUGAAAAAUUGGAUUUCAAACUUAAGAUCAUUUUGUGAUUUGUUUAUUGGUGCAGAAUAUGGAUGAGGGGCAAGUCGAACAAACUAAAGUUGCUGCUCCAAAUAUGGAUCCAAAUAUCCCUCAACCGUCACCCACUAUUAAUCAGGUUAACGCUGAGGUUCAAGCUGAACCUGCUCUUCCUCAACCAACCGGCCAGAAGCGCAUGGAGGAACGGCUGGAAAAGUUUACUCAAAGUGGUGGGCCACUACGACAAAAUAACAGUUGAUGGUGAGUUAAAAGCCGAGUGCAAGUAUUGCAAGAAGAGGCUUAUCGGAGACCCAAAGCAAGGGACUAACCAUCUGAAGAAUCACUAUGGAAGAUGUCCUAAAGUGCAUCGACCUAUGGAUAUAAGACAACAAGUCUUACAUGGCAAUGCAAGCAAAGAAAAGUUCCAACUGACGCCAUUCAACUUCAAUCAAGAUGCUUCUCGAAAAGAAUUGGCUAAAGCAAUAAUCAGGCAUGAAUAUCCUCUAAGGAUUGUUGAUCAUGAAGGUUUUAGGAGUUUUUGCAUGAGUUUGAACCCCUGUUUCAAGAUGGUGACAAGAAACACCAUUAGGAAGGAUUGCCUUCUCAUAUAUGAUGUUGAAAAGCAAGCAGUAAAGAAAAUUUUUGAGAGGAAUGAAGGUCGUAUUGCAGUUACUACCGACAUGUGGACGUCUUCCCAGAAGAAGGGCUUCAUGGCUAUCACAGCACAUUACAUUGACAAUAACUGGAAUUUGGAAAGUCGAAUUAUCAGGUAUUUCACUAAUGACCUAAACUCUGUUCGUGCUUGGAAGUUUAUCUACUUUUUUUUGGAAACGUAUGCAUAUAAGUUCAGCCAAGAUACUUUCUAAUAUAACAUUAUGAAUUUCAGCAAACAAACAGUAGAAUUAAGUAAAAUCAGUACCCCAAACCGUUUGAUUGCUAAUGCAUAAUUUAGUCUUCUUUUCCCUUAUUCUUUUGAUAUUAUAGGCUGCAAAUUUGUCUGUUACUUAAUUGGCUGCAACUUUUGAGAUAAUUGGUUAAUUUAUGUUUCCAAGUAAGAACAAGUUGUUUGCUUUCUACUCAUUACCUUUACUUAAACAUGGCAGGUUUAUUUAUGUACCUGCCCCUCAUACAAGUGAAGUUCUUGCUGAAGCAUUGAUGAAAUGCUUGCUGGAUUGGAACAUCGACCGCAAGCUAUUAGCCAUCACCGUUAAUAACUGCUCAACAAAUGAUUCGAUGUUGAAUCGAAUGAUGGAGAAGCUUGCAACGGAGUCUCUUCUCCAUAAUGGGAGUAUGAUUCAUAUGCGUUGUUGCGUGCAUAUUCUGAAUCUAAUAGUGAAAGACGGGCUGAAAAUCAUUGGGAAAGGCAUAGAGAAGAUACGAGAUAGUGUUCAGUUUUGGACACACUCGCAAAGGGGAUGGGAAACGUUUGAGGAAACAGCUCACCAACUAAAAAAGCCCACUGGUAAGAAAUUCCAACUUGACUGUGAAACACGUUGGAAUUCAAUCUUUCUUAUGUUGAACACUGCUUUGAAGUAUAAGGAAUUUUUUGGUCGCUUAAAGAGUCGCGAGCGCAAAUACAAAUGCUCGCCUAGUGACCUUGAUUGGCGUAUGACAGAGGAGAUCGGUACUAGACUAGAGUCCUUUUACGAGACUACUAAACUUUUUUCUGGUACCAACUAUCCUACUGUAAAUUUGUGUUUUGCUGAGAUUUGUGAGAUUAAGGUGGCCAUAAAUAAGUGGGUUACUUGCGGGAUUGAGAAGAUAGAGCAUAUGGCCACUGAAAUGUUGGAAAAAUAUGAGAAAUAUUGGUCAGAUGUGCAUGUUUUGAUGGCGGUGGCAGCCAUACUGGAUCCUCGGUACAAGAUGGAUGUUCUUGAUUGUUAUUUCCCUGACAUAUAUGGCACGGAUAGUGAAUUUGAGAUGGAGAGGAUUCGUGGAAUAUGUCGUAAUUUGGUGGAAGAAUAUGAAAAGAAGGAAAGAGAGAAAGAACAAGAGAAUGAUGGUCGUGGUCAAUUGAGCAGUCAGCAGAAGGGUGCAAGUGUGUGGGGUCAUUAGCCAGCAAAUUUGACUUGUAUGCUUCCCGAAAGAAAAGAAAACCUGUGAGGUCAGAUCUGGACAGUUAUUUAGAUGAUGAAGUUGUGCCCAAGUCUCUCGACUUUGAUGUUUUAUGCUGGUGGAAGUCAAACAAGGGUAAGUAUCCUAUAUUGCACAAGCUUGCAAGAGAUAUUCUGGCUAUUCCUGUCUCUACGGUGGCCUCUGAGUCUGCCUUUAGCACUAGUGGACGCGUCAUUUCUCCUCAUCGAAGUAGGCUUAAACCAAAUACCAUAAAAGCUUUGAUGUGCGCCCAAAGUUGGUUGCGUGCUAAUUCAAAAGGUAAACUAACUUACUCUAUUUGCAUAUGUUCUUAUUUAUGUAAACAAAGUUAGUAGCAUUUCUAAUUUUUUUUAUUGUUUUCAAUGUUAUGUUAUUAGUGGAGAGCAAGCAUGAUACAGUCCUUCAUGAUUCUGAUGAAGACAUAGAUGAUGAAACAAAGGUACUGCUGGUUUUUGUUUUGUUAUAGAGCUGUUGUUUCUGUUUUGUUCUUUUGUUGGUGCGGCCACAAGUUGUCUUUUGUUAUCGAAGUAUUGCCCAUUUAUUUAGUUGUCUUUUGUUGUUGCUGCCUCAGGAUGUUGAUAAUGGAAAUAAAUAUUAGAUGAAGAGGUAUGCAUGCUGUUUGAGGGAUGCUUGCAGGCCGAGGAGAUGUAAUCUGUCCAGGAGAUAGUGGAAGAACAAAUCUAUGGAAGAGGGUGUUUUCAUUUCAUUAAGUUUGAAACUUAGUUAAUCAAAUUUGAACGAUUGA